AACGAACGCCCGAUGAUGGAGGGUGACGGGCUAUCGACGGCAGCGGUGGACACGGAGGUCGCGACAGAGUACGAAGAGUUCGACUCGCACAGCAAGUGGGGAUCGGAGGCCAUCCGCGCUGAACAUCAAGUGAGCAAGUGGGUGGAGGGAGAGAGGAACAACGCAUACAUCUGCACGGACACACACACACACACUCACACACACGCAGACACGUACGCUGUACGUGCUUGACACACCCAAGAUGCAGACACAGACAGGCAGGCAGCAGCACCGGCGCGCAUGUGGUUUGUGUGGUGCCCGUAGGUGUGUGUUAGUGACCCCGAGACGCGACAGCAUGGUCUGACCAAGCACACGACAUAUCUGGUCAGCGGCACGACCCUCCAGGGCAGCAGCUUCUCCACACGAAAGAGGUACAACGACUUCGAAUGGCUCAAACAAGCCCUCGUCUACGCUUACCCUGGUACGCACGUACAGACAGGAGUUACAUUACUAGGCGGGAAGGCGAGCAACACACGGUCAUGCAUGCGCGGAUGUGUCUGUCUGCCUGUCUGUGUCUGUCUGCAGGCGUGUUCGUGCCCCCGAUCCCUCGGAAGCAGAAAAUGGUACGAACACGUCAGAUCCACCAUGUACGUGCGUGUCUGCCUGCCUGCCUGCCUGCCUGCGUGUGGAUGUGUUUGUCGGUUUGCUGUUCGUGUGCCAAAAAGGGUCGUUUCGAGGAGCAUUUUGUCGAGAACCGGCGGCGAGCUCUGGAGGAGUUCCUGCAGCGGAUCUUCAACAGGCCAUACCUCGCCAACUCAUGUAUGCAAUGAACAUGAACACACGCGUACAGGCCAUGUUAUGUGUGUGUCUGCAUGCAGCGACGUUCAAGGCGUGGCUGCAGCGGGGCGAGAGUGGCAUGGAGGGCCUCAAGAGAGUGAGCCAGCCAAGCCCUUCGCCAAUGUCAGUUCAUUGAUGCGUCGAUGGAUGGAUGGUGUGUGUCCCCGCAGGAGUACAUCCGCAAGCCCCUGAGCGAGCUGUUCCACGAGUACAGAAACGGAUUCCAGCCGUACCUCAGGGUGCGAGUCAAAAUCCUGAUGACACACAAAAACACAAACAGAACACUUCACGCCCAUCGCCCAUCGACGUGUGUGUAUCCGGGUGUGUGUGUGCAGUCGAUGCAGGCGCCCGGCGACAAGGACCGGCUGUCGGCCUUCAAACAAUACCUCACCAAACACGCCAACUCCCUCAAGGUAGGACUCGGGCACACACACACACAAUCGCAGAUACACACGUGUGUAUGAGAUCCAUUGGCUUACUGGCCGGUCGGUCGGUCGGUCGGUCGUUCAGGCCAUCUACAGGGUCGCGUGCCGUGUGGUCAAGGCGCACACAGACGCCCAUGUUGCCAUUAGUCAGUACUUACCCACAGUCGCACACACACUUAACCAGGCCUAUGAAACGAUUUCUCUCCCUCCAUGCUCUCUCUAUCUCUGUGUGUGCAUGUGUAUACACAGGUGAGCUUCACACCAAGAUGGCCGAUCUGCGUAACGGAGAGGUCGUUUUCGUCAAUGAUGGUAAUUGAGAUAGCUGGAUCCGUCCGUUCGUGUGCAACAGCAGCUGCCAUCGACCUUUCUCCCUCGCGUGUGUCCCUCCAGCGUAUGGCGGCAGUCAGCAGUCGGUGCGGGUGGACCUCUCAGAGGUCUUCUACGCCGAAAAACAAUCACUCGCCGUAAGCAAACCCAACACACCACACCACACCACACCACACAGCCCUCCCAACCCCCACAUCUCCCUCUCCCUCUCUCUGUUCUCUCCGUAGGAGUCGCCAUCUCAGUCUUACGACCUGCUGCAGUCGGUGGUCGGGCGGGAGCUGCGUGACGUGGAGUCGAUGCUCGAGGGCAUCCAGUCGCUCGACAAGCUGACCCACAUGCAGAUGCAGACGCGCGGCAAGCUCGAGAAGGAGGAGAAUAUCCAGCACAACAUCGCCCGCCACCAGCAGGGGGACUUUCUCUCGGUGCUGAGGGGCAAGGACAAGGAAGCACAGCUCCAUGACGUGGCCAUCAGCAUCAGUCGACUCAGGCAGGAGCUUCAGCUGUGUAAGCUGACCAGACACAUAACUAUAGGGACGGAUGGAUGGAUGGAUGGAUGUGCGUGUGUGUGUGUGUCACAUAUGUACAGUGGAGGAGUGGAUUGGGUUGGCCAAGGUCGUGCUGACGUGCAAAGAGAUGCCCAGCUUCACCAGCGACAAGGUAGGCACGCCAGACACCCCGCCAGCCCACCAGCCGGCCAGCGAAACACACACGCGAGUGGCAGACGGUGCCUGUGCAUCAAUCAUCGCAUCAUCCCCCUGUCAUCGCAUCAUCCCCCUGUCUGCAUGUGGUUGGCUCCGUCCCUUCAUGCUUGCAUGGCAUGUAGGUGGACAAGUACCGCGAUGUGGUCGAGGAGUUUGCCAAGAGACAGGCGGCUACCUCACUCCAGGUGUGCCUGCCUGCCUGUUCAUUCGCUGACUUGCACGUUUGUGUGUGUCUGUGUGUCCCUGCCUGUCUGUCUGUCUGUCUGCCUGUGUGUCAGCGCGCUGAGCUGUGGUCUCAGUUCCUCCGCCGCAUCGGCCGCGAACAGGCGCCAUACGGCAUGCCACCCACAAACGGACUCGGUAGGUCCCCUGUGCUCCACCUCACCACAGCCCACAGCUGUCAGGAUGUCUCUGUCUCUGUCUGUCUGUCUGUCUGGUGGUAUGGCUUCCUUCCUUCCCUGGUUCAUUCAGGCACGCUGCGCGCAACAGGUGCGUCGAUGUCGGUCCCGCCCGCCCCCGUGCCGCCCUCGGCCAGCCCUUCAUCAUCCACCACACUCAGCAGUGCUCCCCACACACAGCACACCGGCACGCCACAGACACACGAUGGCAGGGACGGUGGCGGGGCUGCUUCUGGUGGUGAUGGUGGUGUGGUGGUGGUGGGUGGGGCCAGUGGUGGCGCGGCCAACGGGUGUCGGGGAUUUCCCCUCCUACAUAGCGAGGAGGACGACUGAUGGAUGGACGGACGGGGGAGAGGAGGGAGGGAGGGAGGGAGGGAGGAGAGGGAUGGGUGUGUGUGGGUGGAGGUGUGUGUACGUUUUCUUCUCUUUGUAUCUCUGUAUGCGUACAUUUGUCUGUCUGAUGAGUGCCUGUGCGUCUGUCUGUCUGUCUGUCUGUGUGUCCGGCGUGCAUGUCUGUUAUUUGUGUGCGUAUCGAUGGUUGGUGGUGUGAGGACGGCUCGGCUGGCUUGGUAGUGAGGGAGGGAGGGAGGGGAGGGGAGGGGGACCCGAUGCGAUGCAAUGUACAGACAGACAGACAGGCCGGCCGGCAGGCAGGCAGGCAGAUACAUGUGUAUGUGUGCGUGUGCAUUGUCUGCGUGGCAUCCAUGAUCGUACACACAUACAGCCACCACUCGACGGCUGUGGUCGGCGAACAGACGCGGAUGUGCGAACGAGCCUUCGUCUGUCCGUCUGUCUUGUGCGUUGCGUUGCCUGGCUGAAGUUUCAUGCCAUCACGAGAACGGGCUGCCCCGCCCCGCCCCACACACAGCAAAAGGCAUGCGCCCGUAGGAAGGAAAGGCGCACGUAUGCCAAUGGGCAUGUUAAUUGCCGAAGAUCGAUGCCUCGAUGCAUCAAUGCAUCAAUGCAAUGCGUGUAUACUUGCUUGCAUGACAUGAGCGGACGGACGAGUAUGCACUUUUUUCGGCUACAUAUGUGGCCUCAUGUCAUGUCAUGUGCCUUGGGUCCUCUCUCGCCUAUGCGCCGUGAUUACAAUCAUUGCAUCUCGCGAUCUAUGCUGGCUUCAUUCACACAGUCGGUUUUGGCCCUUUUGCUCUGGUCCUCUCUGCACAAUCAGCCAAUUCCUGGCUACUCCUUCCCCAGUCAGCUGUCUGGUGCUCAUGGCGUGCUCAUGGUGGUGGUGUGACGUACACGUGUGUGAGCGUGUGGAGGACAAUUAUUGAUGUGCAUGUGCGGUCCUAUCUUUGCUGAUGAGAACGACGGACGGACGGACGGACGGAUGAAUGAG